UGAGAACUCGACGGAGCUGUUAUAUUUGUAUUUGUUCCUUCUGUAGCUCAAACAUGAUUGCUCCCCUCGACGGUGCAACAUUUGCUUCACACAUCAUACAUGCAGUUGCAGUCAACCUGAGCUGCCUCAGGACGGAGCUGAGCGAUGAACAACAUGGACGCACUGGACGGCAAAUCCGAACAGCACUAUCAGUCAGGGCAGGAUGAACCGGUCGUGGCGUCCCAGGGCGCCGAGCUCGAUCCCGGUGCGGAUUGGAAGACCAGGCGGCAGGAGAAACUGAUCGUGGCCACCAUGGGCAUCAUCAUCCUCCUCGUUGCACUGGAAACCGACAUUCUCGUGCCUGCUUUACCGACACUGGCAUGCGAGCUGCACGGCACAUCAGUCGAGACGUUCUGGGUCGGCACCGCGUUCCUGUUGCCCAGCGCGACGUUUCUGCCCUUCAUCGGGGCCGCCAGCGAGAUUUUGGGUCGGCAGGCGAUGCUCCUGGUUAGCAACACUUUUUUCACCGUGGGGACUCUCCUCUGCUGCCUCGCCAACGACUUCUCCGUCCUGCUCGCCGGCCGGGCCAUCCAAGGCGUGGGCGGCGGCGGCUUGUACACGCUAACAACCAUCGUCAUCACCGAUAUCGUCCCCCUGCGCCAGCGGCCGAAAUAUCUCAGUCUGAUCUCGGCCGUGUUCGGGCUGGGUGGUUUGCUCGGCCCCCUCCUCGGAGGCGUCAUCUCGGAACGGACCACGUGGAGGUGGCUGUUCUACAUUAAUUUCCAGUUUUGCACUUUGGCUUUCGCCAUGGUGCCAUGGGUCAUCAAGUUAGGCCCAAAGAGGGGAGGUUCGCUGGCGAGAAAUCUCCUCCGGGUCGACUGGAUCGGGGGCGCCAUCUUCGUAGGCGGGUCCACCAGCUUUUUGAUCAGGUUGACCCGGGCAGGAAUCAACUACCCUUGGAGCUCAUACGGGACUUGGCUGCCCAUCCCCUUGGGCGGCAUCGUCGUCAUUCUAGCCCUUGUAUACGAUGUUUUUGUUCCUCACGAGCCUUUCUUGCGACUGUCCGUCUAUUACAACGCAUCUUCGACCAUCGUCUUCUUUCUUACGCUGUUUCAAGGCCUCAUGUUCUAUUUCCAAGCGGUGAAAGGGGCCAGCACGAUUCUCUCUGGCGUCUAUCUGAUGGCGGUCAACAUCGUGUUAUUCCCCAUCGCCGUCGUCUGCGGCAUCCUCAUGACCAAACUCGGCACCUUUACCUGGGCGAACAGGAUCGGAUUCGCCUUCAUGACGCUUGCCAACGGCCUCUUCAUCCUCGUCGACCAGAAUAUGAGCAUGGUGGCCCACCUGUUCAUCUUCCUGGUGGUCGGCGUCGCCCACGGCUUUCUGAUUGGCUCUCUGAACGUGGCCACGCAGACGAUCGCGAAGCCCUCGCACAUGACCUUCGCCGUGUCCAUGCGGUCCUUCAACCGUUGGUUCGGCACCUGCUUGGGUGUGUCGAUCGGCGGCGCCAUCUUCAACAACGUCUUGCUGCACUCGCUCGAAAACAGAGGGGCAACAGGGGCCGAGGCCCAGGCCAUUUCACAGAACUCGGAGGCCUUUGUCCACACGCUUAAGGAGAUGCCGGACGGAGAUCAGAAGAGUGAGCUCACUUGGGCCUAUGUGGACGGCUUCCGGGGAAUUUACUACUUCAUGGUUGCUCUCUCCGGCCUCGGGUUGUUACUCUCACUGUUCAUCAAGCAUCACAGCAUGGACAGUCAGGAACCAGCCCCCUCGCCGCAUGACUUUGAUGACUUGCAGCUGAACGCCCCAUCGAGAUCGGGUGCUUCGGACGCCAAAGUCUAGCAGUGGUGCAAGAUCUAACUUUGGGAGUGUGCAGACAUUGCAGUCAAUAAGUAGUUAAUAAUACGUUGAUCCAGUGGCCCUGAGUGUGUUAGCUAGGUAUUUUACC